AACACAGACAGGAAAGAAUUGAAGCAAAUACACACACAGCCAAGAGUGCGUCUGCAGAAUGACUCCACUUUCCAGGCUUCAUUGGCAUGUGCUGCUCAUCCUCCUGGCAGCUCUUAGGGGACACUGCAGGUACAUACAGGUGAGAGAUGCCUGCAGAAGACGCCCUGGUGCUUUUGAACACGGAUAUCAAGCGAGAGUUGGCUCAGGAACAGAUGUAUAGGAGGUCACUCAGAUGCAUUGAUAUGCUGAGUAUAGAUGGACAGUUCACUUUCGUAGCAGAACAGCCUCAGCUCCAUUGUGCCCUGUUCCUCAUUGGAGACCCAGAGGAGUACAUUACCAUAGAAUAUAACUUGGUAAAUAUAGACUGCCUGGGAGGCGACAUCCUGAAGGUUUUUGAUGGAUGGAUAAUUAAAGGAGAGAAGUUUCCAGGUUCUUCAGAUCACCCCCUCUCCACCAGUGAACGGUACACUGAUAUAUGUGAAGACGGUAACGCUCAAAGCAUCACACGGUCGUCUCAAAAUGUGGCAAUGAUAUUCUUUAGAGUUCACAAACCGGGCCACGGCUUCACACUGACCGUCCGCAAGACUCCUAAUCUAUUCCCCUGCAAUGUGAUUUCACAGUCACCUAGUGGGAAAUUCACAAUGAUUAUUCCGCAUCAACAUAGAAACUGCAGUUUUUCUAUAAUAUACCCGGUGGUGAUCAGAAUAUCUGACCUAACGUUGGGCCACUUCAAUGAGCUGCAGUUAAAGAAGCCACCACCAAAAGGAUGUGGCGGAGCUGGAGACUUUGUGGAACUCUUAGGAGGUGCCGGAUUAGAUCCAUCAAAUAUGUUUCCCUUGGCUGAUCUCUGUCACUCGUUUCAUGGCUCUGCACAAAUGAAGAUUGGCUGUGACAACAGUGUUCUGCGGAUGGUGUCAAGUGGUAAUUUCAUCAACAGGGUAACAUUCGAGUAUAGUCAACUUGACAGGCAGAUGGAAAGACAGCAAGGCAACAGCGUGGAAGAAGUCUGCUCACCACUCAAUUGAUCCGGUGGCUUUUUUUUCUCUAUUAAGUGAGAGUGUUAUUUUCCAAUAAAUGAAUUACUCAUAAACUAUUCACUUAUAACAUCCUAUUUCACUUUAUGCUGUUUCCAAACCAGAGUUCAAAAUAAAAUGUGUAUAAUUUUAUAGGUUAUUUUUAUAACAUUGCCCCCACUUCUCUAUGUUAAAAAGAGAUUUUAAUGUUCCAAAUCCAACGAACAGAUUAUAAGGUUAUUAUUGUUCUGGAACCACAGCUCAGAUCCAUUCACAUAGCCCAUGAGCAAGAGUGGGGAUGUUUCUGGAGUAGAGCAGAUUAUUUUCUAAUCGUACGACCUUCUUUAUAUGUGUUUCCCUGAUUUAAAAAUGCAUUUAUUUUUAAAGUGCCACAUUUUUCACUCAUGGGGUUUAAACUAAGAAUGCCCAUCCAAAUAUUAGCUCAAUUGUGAAAAAUGUUGAUUUGGCCACAUUUCUAAAUGGACACAAUCAAUUACUCUCUAUCAAAUAAGUCUUCUCUAUUUAGAAAAAAGCAAGGAUCCAUCCAGCCAGCUCUAUGCUAGUAAGAAAAAUAACCUAAAAAAAUGAGUUAUUAUACAGUAUUUCUGAAAUAAAGCUAAAAGUCUUGGUAACAUCAGAAAUAUGUUUACUAUGAGUAGGGUUGAGCGAAUCGAAGUUAACAAAGUGGACUUCUAUCCGGAUUUGAGGAAAAAUGUGAUUCCUUAUGAAGCCGAAUUUCCUCACGCUUCAUGGUAACGACGAGUAAAAAACAAAAAUAUACAUACCUCAUUAAUUUGCUCGUGGAGAGGCCGCCCCGGUCAUCUUGAUUGAAGAAAACGCACCAAAUCUCGAGUGAGCUAAUGUGAUAUCAUCACGCUGGCCACUUUUUUGUUUUUGACCCCUGAAAAGCCUCAAUGUGACUGUCGGAUGCCGCGAUCAGCAUUGAACAUGGCAUCUGAGGGGCUCAAUGACAGGGGGCGGCGCAAUUGCCGCUCCCUGUCAUUGCGCCUGCCACAUCCAAUGGAACGUCAUUCAUGACAAAGUCAUUAGUUGUGAAUCGAAUUUCUUUGUGAACUUCGGCAAAGCAGUCGAAUCGAAUUUUUGAUAACUUCGCUCAUCUCUAACUAUGGCCAUUCAAAAUUUUGUGACUCUGUGCAACCCAAUGUGCAAUGCAACCAAGAUGUAGGUCUUACAAGAUCAGUAGGUCAGGUAGCUUAAAGAGGACCUGUCACUUCUCCUGACAUGUCUGUUUUAGUAAUUACUCGUAUUUCCUAUGUAACAACAAUUCUGGAGCAUCACAGAGAAUGUAAGUACAGUAGUUACUAAAACCGACAUGUCAGGAGAGGUGACGGGUCCUCUUCAAGGAUGAAUUCACAGGCUGCAGAUUUCUUGCAGAAAUUUCUACAACUGCACCAUUCAUGUGAAUAGGGCUUGUAGAAAUCCAAGUACUUGUCUCCAAAACAGGUUCCAUUCAAAUGAAUGGAACUGAAGUUCCUUCACAGAAAUUUAUGCAACAAACAUCCUGCCGAAAGUAGAAGAUGUCCAAGAUCAAAAGGUAAAAAACUUUAAAUUCCCCACAAACCCCAUACAAAUCAAAUAGUCAGCAGCCCAAGACACAGGUCAAAAACUGCUUAGAAGGAGUCAAAGCUGGAAGUAAUUAUGGGCGAAACCUGGGGUGCCAGUCAGUCAGAAUCCAUGGCCUGUAUAGCCACAGAGAGAUCAGCAAUGUAGCCAAUCCGUAAAGAAAAAAGAUCUAUAAGGAAUGCAACUGUCCAACAGAAAAGACGGCACAGGAAAUUCUAUGUAUUCUGCUGGUAAAAGCCUUUAUCAAUGUAUCAAUGUAGAUAUGUUAUGUUUAUGUAUAAUACAGAUAAUUAUAGGCUAUUUAUUUGCAAUUAUAUGUUUGUAAUAAAAACAAUUUAAACAUGAAUAAAUAUACACAGAAAUGUAGCA